AUGUACCAGGAGUACAUUCAGCACACCAAACUCAAGGAGCUACUAUCAUUAUCGGAACAAAAUCUCGCGCUGCAGCGAAAGAUCACGAAGGAGGCGGAAGCUCGACUAGCUAGGAUUCGCAACGAGAAUCAGAAUCAGCGCGACAUGUCUGCGGAUAUGGGUAUUACGGCGACAUCUAGCAAGGACAAGGAGCGAUCUGAGGCGUAG